AUGGGAGAACGUUACCAACAUUGGUUGCAAAUUUUCAAGCAGCUCAAUGAACAUUCACCAACUAAAGAAGAUAUUGAAUUGAUUGCUCCACUGCAUAUCAAAGAAGAAUAUUUCAAGUUGCAUCCGCCAAAAAGAAUGAUUUCGAAAUUGACCACAAAGGUGAAACUAAAAAGAUCAUUCGAUGGAAGCGAUUGCCUUCCUGAGCCAGUUUUGAAGAAACACCCUGUUGAUAUGGUGGUUGCUUCAGGGAACGAAACAUUACUUCAAACUAAGGAUUUACCAUUAUUAAGGCGAUCACCACGGAAACACCCUUCAUCAUCACUAUUUCGUCCGACAACACCCUGGAAAAUUAGUUCUUCUUUGAAACCAGCGACACGCCGAAGCCUAACUAAUGUGUUCAAAUCAGACAUCUUUCAAAAUGGAGUAACUCUUUUUUUACAGAAAGUUCUCCUGCAAUCUGAUGAGCAGAUAUUGCGUCGUUCUCCGCGAAAACACCCUUCAUCAUACAGUGAAGUUCUAUUAUCGCCACAAAAACCGUUGUUAUUAUCGCAACCAAUUGUUUGUAGUCGCUUGAGCAGUCUCUUGGGUUCUGUUAGCGAUAUUGAAAAUGAAAAGGAAAGUUUCAAUUUAAGUAGUUCGAAUGAAGUUGAAAAUACGUUCGAACUCGUUAAUGAAGUAAAAAGUACAAGAAGUAUGGACGAUGAUCCGCAGGAAUCGAUUAAUAUAUAUGCCGAAGAAAAGCAACAGCCAUUUUUGGACGAAAAAGAAUGUUUGAAGAGAAAAGUUAAAGGAAAAAAUGAAAAUUACCGGCGUUUGAAGAUGAAAAAGAGUUAUGUACGCAGUUCGUCGUUAGCGAAAAAGAAUUUCAGGAAAUGGCGAAGAAUUUGCAAUAAACGAUAA